CUCUUCGUCUCGCCGUAUGCAAAAGGGGGCGUGGCUUGCAAGCUGUAGCGGAAGUAGUGGAGCAUCACGGGUAAACACGUGUGGAGAAGCGCUGUAAAAUCGCACGGAAACCUAGUUAGGCUCUUCCAGAUCAUCACCAUGUCCUCCAAAAACAGCGCAAGCGGCGACGACCGCUUCUCGAAGGUCAAGAAAGACCCCCGCUUCUGGGAGAUGCCCAGCAGAGAGCACAAAGUCAAAAUCGACAAGCGUUUCCGGUCCAUGUUCCACGACGAACGCUUUAAGCUGAAGUAUACAGUGGAUAAACGCGGCCGACCUGUCAACCAAACGUCCACCGAGGACCUCAAGCGCUUCUACAAGAUCUCUGACUCCGAGGAUUCAGACGAAGAAGAGGAGAACGAGACGAAGGAAGAGCCCGAGGAGGAGAAGACAGUGAAAAAGGCUAACGUGAAACCUCAGGAUGAGGAUGAGGAAGAAGAGAGCGAUGAAUCUGAGGAGGAGGAAGAAGCCGAGAAGAUCCCGAAGUCAAAAGAGGCUAAGAAAAUAAAAGAGCCUCUGGUAAAAGGAGUAAGAGUGAUAGAAGAAGAUGAGGAUGAGGAAUCUGAUGAGGAGGAGGAGGAGGAUGUAGAAGAGGGCCCUUCUGAAGAUGAAGAUGAAGAGGCUGAGGAAGAUGACGAGAGUGAGUCAGAUGAUGACAGCGGACCGGAUCUGGCUCGAGGGAAAGGGAACAUUGAGACCAGCUCUGAUGAAGAUGAGGAUGAUGAUGAUGAGCUGGAGGAAUAUCUGCGGCGUGAGGAUGAGGAGAUUGAGCACGACUGGGGAGAGAUGUGGAAAGAUGCUCCACGCGGCGACGACAGUUCCCGGCGCUUGGCGGUUUGUAACAUGAACUGGGACAGACUGAAGGCUAAAGAUCUUCUGGCUCUCUUCAGUUCGUUUAAACCCAAAGGAGGCGUGGUCCUGUCUGUGACGAUCUAUCCGUCCGAGUUCGGGAAGGAGAGGAUGAGUGCGGAGCAGACUCAGGGACCGCUGGAGCUCACAAGCCUCCCGGAGAACCCCGACGCUGACACGGAGGAGCAAAGGAUCUACCGAGAGAAAGUGCGCGACUAUCAGUUCAAGCGUCUGAGGUAUUACUACGCCGUGGUGGAGUGCGACUCCGUCGAAACAGCAGCGAAGAUUUACGAGGAGUGUGACGGCUACGAGUACGAGAGCAGCUGCUCCAUGAUCGACCUGCGGUUCAUCCCUGACGGCGUGACGUUUGACGACGAGCCCAAAGACAGAGCCACCGAUGUGGAUUACAGCUCCUACAAACCCAAGCUCUUCACAUCCUCGGCCACCACCACAGCCAAGGUCGAGCUGACGUGGGACGAAACGGAUCACGACCGGGUCACGGCUCUCUGCAGGAAGUUCAAUAAGGACGACCUGUUGGACAUGGACUUCAAGGCUUACCUGGCCUCCUCCAGCGAGGAAGAGGAGGAUGAGGAAGAGGCCGAGCAACACACGGAAGCUGAGACGCCCGCUGAGCCACUUCCUGAGGAGAAAAAGGGCAGUAAAGAGAAGAAGAGCACCGAGCAGAUCGCUAAAUACAGAGAACUCCUGAAGAGCAUACAGGACAAAGACAAGGAGCAGGACGACAGCAUGGAUAUGGAGGUCACGUGGGUACCAGGACUGAAGGAAACAACAGAGAAGCUUGUGAAGAAGAAACUGGAGGGCAAAGAUCAGCUGACUCCGUGGGAGCAGUACCUGCAGAAGAAAAAGGAGAAAAAGAAAGAGAAACGGAAAGGAAAGAAGGAAGCAGCGGAGGCGGAGCCUGGGAUCAGUGAUGAUGAACUUCCUGCUGAUGUUGACCUCAAUGACCCCUUCUUUAAAGAGGAGCUCGGCUCGACUGCAUCCCUAAAGAACAAGAAGAACAGGAAGAAGGAUGAAGAGCGGACACCAGAAGAGCUGGAAGAGCUGGAGAGACAGAAGGCUGAGAUGGAGCUGCUGAUGGACGACGAAGAAGACGACAAGCACAAACAUUUCAACUACGACAAGAUCGUAGAGGAGCAGAACCUGAGCAAGAAUAAGAGGAAGAAACUCCUGAAGAGCAAAGCGCCUCUGGAGGAGGACGACUUCCGGGUGGACGUUCACGACUCGCGCUUCCAGGCCAUGUACACGUCCCAUCUCUACAACCUGGAUCCGUCCGACCCGGCCUACAAGAAGACCAAAGCAACCCAGAGCAUCAUAGAGGAGAAACAGAGACGCAGAGAGGAGCAGCAGCACAGCCAGGAGGAGACGCUGAGGAGCAGAGACGGGGCGUCCUCCUCCAGAGUCAUGGACCCUAGCUUGUCACUGCUCGUCAAAUCCAUCAAGAACAAAACCGAACAGUUUCAGGCACGCAAGAAACAAAAGACGAAGUAACUCGAGAGACUCGCGUCUGGAUUCAUUGCCGAUUUAUAUAACAGAGUUGGUUUUCUGGAGUCUCUGCGUGUUACUUUAGUGACUAAUUUGUGAUUGGAGUCCAAAACCAAAAUGCGAACCUUUCAUAACCCUUAAUAGGGGCGCUUUAAAGGAAUUGUUGAACCGAAAAUGUACAUUUUGUCAUCAUUUACUAACCCUAUCCAAACUUACGAGUUUCAAAACAUCUUCUAUCAUUCAAAAUCUUCAAAUGACCUUCUGUGAGCAACUACAUUUUCAGUUUCGCCUGAAAACGCGAUCGUGCACCCCCGAGUUUUCAGAGAGUCGCAUUUAAUGAAAACUAGACACAGAGAAGCUGGAGUUAAAGUUAGCUUUAUUCAUGUUGACACAAACGCCGCCGCACAUUCAGAAAAGUCUGUUGGCACUUUCACGGGCACCUCAUUUUCUACAUAACAGAAGAAACGGGCUUUCUCACUCACGCCGUAUAUAUCAAAAUACAGCUGUAAAUGAAUGAAAACCUCUUACACUUAGAAUUCCGGUGAACACCACCAGUGCUCAGAGCAUGUAAAAACAUCUCCUGGUCCAGGAAUUAGUGUAGUGUACAUGUAAGAACCGCUUGGGUAGUUCACAUCAUUAGACCCAAUCCAGAAAAGGCACAAAUUACAGAGUAGAGUAACACAAGGUUCGAUUUGACCAAAUAAAGCGGCAUCCCAGUCCAGAUCACAAGCGCUUGAGAAGUAAAACCAACGGAAUGAAAAUAUAUACUGUGCCACAGUGUUACAAGAAACAGCUACUUUAUGAGAAAUAGUGCAAUUAAGGUUUGACACGGACACACACACACACACUUACACCAUCUGAAAGAGCUGGAGUGUUGAAG